AUGGGUGCGCUCCGGGAUGGCGCGCUCGCCUUCCUCCUCCUCCUCGGCUGCCUCCUGCCGCUCAGGCUGGUCUCAGGGCAGGAAGAGAUUAAAGCUGCUUCCCAAAAUUUGCCCCAGCCCAUGUCACCCUCUGAUUUCCUGGACAAGCUUAUGGGACGAACAUCAGGGUAUGAUGCCCGGAUUCGACCCAACUUCAAAGGACCACCCGUCAACGUGACGUGCAACAUCUUCAUCAACAGCUUCGGCUCCGUCACCGAGACUACCAUGGACUACCGAGUCAAUGUCUUCCUGAGGCAGCAGUGGAAUGACCCCCGCCUUGCGUACUGCGAGUACCCCGAUGACUCCCUCGACCUUGACCCCUCCAUGCUCGAUUCCAUCUGGAAGCCAGACUUGUUCUUUGCCAAUGAGAAAGGGGCCAAUUUCCACGAGGUCACCACCGACAACAAGCUGCUGCGCAUCUUCAAGAAUGGCAACGUGCUCUACAGCAUUAGGCUGACACUGAUUCUGUCCUGCCCCAUGGACCUCAAGAACUUCCCCAUGGACAUCCAGACAUGCACCAUGCAGCUAGAGAGCUUUGGCUAUACCAUGAAUGACCUCAUCUUUGAGUGGAUGGAAGAGCAGGAGGCUGUGCAGGUCGCAGAGGGCUUGACGCUCCCACAGUUCAUCCUCAGGGAUGAAAAGGAUCUGGGCUAUUGCACCAAGUACUACAACACAGGCAAGUUCACCUGCAUCGAGGUAAAGUUCCAUCUGGAGAGGCAGAUGGGUUACUACCUGAUCCAGAUGUACAUCCCCAGCCUGCUCAUUGUCAUUCUCUCCUGGGUCUCCUUUUGGAUCAACAUGGAUGCGGCACCGGCCCGGGUGGGCUUGGGCAUCACCACUGUGCUCACCAUGACCACGCAGAGUGCUGGCUCCCGUGCCUCCUUGCCCAAGGUCUCUUACGUGAAGGCCAUUGACAUCUGGAUGGCAGUGUGCCUGCUCUUUGUCUUUGCCGCCUUGCUGGAGUACGCAGCUGUCAACUUUGUCUCCCGACAGCACAAGGAGUUCAUGCGUCUGCGCCGGCGCCAGCGACGGCAGAGGAUGCUCCUGAGCAGCAGAAUGGCCAACACGGAGUCCCUGUGGCAGCUGAGUGGCUGUCAUGACAACCAGAACACCUAUAUAUUGCCCUCACAGCCCUCCAGCUCCAGGGAGGAAGAACUUGUCCGUGAGAGCCGCUUCUACCUGCGAGGCUACGGGCUGGGCCAGUGCCUGCAGGCACAGGACAGGGCUGGGGAGGGCCCCAGGAUUUACAGCCCCACGGGAGGCAGCACUCUGCUGCGGGAAGGAGAGAACCUCCGCAGGCGUUACAUCAACCGGGCCAAGCGCAUCGACACCCUCUCCAGAGCUGUCUUCCCUUUCACCUUCCUGGUCUUCAAUAUCUUCUACUGGGUGGUCUACAAAGUGCUGCACUCGGAGGACAUACACUCAGUGCCCUGAGGCCCAAAAAACCUUGACUGCCUCUCAUUCUGACACCCCAGUGUGCUCAGGUGCCAUGAGCUCUACCAGAACCAUAUUUCCCUCUGUCCCAGAGUAGCAGCACAGCCAGCCUGAGUUUCAAAGCCUGGACGUGUGGCAGCCUACCCAUCCUGUCAGGUGCCAGGGCAUCGAGAAGGGGGAUCAGCACCCCCAGGUCCCCACAGUCAGCUGGAGAGAGGGAACCCUCCUGCCUCCUACAUGGUGUCACCGCUGGGUACCCAGGGAAGCUGUAGUGCUGUGGUAGCCUCAGGUGCUGCACUGGCACAGGCGGCACAACCAUGGCACAGAGGAGUCCCCACUGCUGUGGGAUGCUGCACGGUUGGUAGUCAGGGACCACCAUAUUCCAGCCAAACACCCUCCACCUCUCUGCACCUUCCAUAUCAGGCUGCUGCUUCUCCAUGCUGUACCACUGAGCCAUGGGCCAUGCG